CCUUAUCCCGGCCGGACGAAUGUUGGCGCUGCCAGGUGUGUUCAAACCUGCCGCAGAUAUCUCCACGCUGCGUGGGCCAGACUUCCCGCGACGAACACCCACGCACACGCACACGCACUCUCGUCGUCACGGAGGCCACCUGGAGCGACGCGCCGUGAUUGGCGGGGUGUGACUGCGGCCGAGGCGAGCGGCACUAACACGCCGUGGGAUGACCGGCACGCCUUCCGCGAAGCAUCACUCUCGGCUCUGCUCGUUGAUCCCACGCUGCCAUGUCCCGAACCCUGAAGAAGAAGAAGCACUGGUCCGGCAAGGUGGUGGAGUGCGCCGUGUCUUGGGGAAGCCUCGGGGACUUCGGCUCCGUGGUGGAGGUCCUGGGGGGCGCCGAGCUGGGCCAGUUCCCGCACCUGGGCCAGAUGAAGCUGGACCUGCUGGUGUGUCACGUUGGCAAGCUGCCCUACUACGGCGACGUCCUGAUGGAGGUCAACGGCACGCCCGUCAGUGGACUAACUAACCGCGACACGCUGGCCGUCAUCCGACACUUCCGGGAGCCCGUCCGCCUGAAGACGGUCAAACCAGGCAAAGUCCUGAACACCGACCUGCGCCACUACCUCAGUCUGCAGUUCCAGAAGGGCUCGCUGGACCACAAGCUCCAGCAGAUCAUACGGGACAACCUCUACCUGCGCACCAUCCCGUGCACCACCAGGCUCCCUCGAGACGGGGAGGUACCUGGCGUGGACUACAACUUCAUCAGCCUCGGGGACUUCAGGAUCCUGGAGGAGAGCGGCCUUCUUCUGGAGAGUGGCACCUACGAUGGUAACUUCUACGGGACACCCAAGCCGCCCGCCGAGCCCAACCUGGUGCAGCCCGACCUGGUGGAUCAGGUCCUGUUCGACGAGGACUUUGGCGGCGAGAUUUCACGGAAGCGCACCACCUCGGUCAGCAAGAUGGACAGGAAGGACAGCACCGUCCCUGAGGAAGAGGACGACGACGAGAGGCCGCCGCUGGUCAACGGCUUGCCGGACCACAAGGCCGACUGGAGGCGAGCCGUGCCCAGCUACGCCCAGUCCAGCAGCGCCAUGGACUUUCGCACGUGGAGCUCGCUGCCCCGCGACGACAGCCUGGAGCCGCUCCCGCUCAACUGGGAGAUGGCUUACACCGAGACCGGCAUGGUCUACUUCAUAGAUCACAACACCAAGACGACCACUUGGUUGGACCCCCGCUUGGCCAAGAAGGCAAAGCCCCCGGAGAAGUGUGAAGAUGGAGAGUUACCUUAUGGCUGGGAGGAAAUUGACGACCCGCAGUACGGAACCUACUACGUUGACCACAUCAACCAGAAAACCCAGUUUGAGAACCCGGUCCUUGAAGCCAAGAAGAGGCUGAGCCAAGGGACAGCCGUCAUCCAGAAGGCUGCAACGUCUCAUGGUAAGAGCGGGCUACCAGCCUUCACCAGCGACCCGACCCAGCUGAAGGGCGACCUGUACCGCACGGCGCUGAAGAAGAGCGCCCAGGGUUUCGGCUUCACCAUCAUCGGAGGCGACCGCACCGACGAGUUCCUGCAAGUGAAGAACGUGUUCAGCGACGGUCCCGCGGCCCACGACAACAAAAUGGCGUCGGGUGACUUGAUUGUGGAGAUUAACGGGCUUUGCGUUCUGGGAAAGACUCACCCGGAGGUGGUGCAGAUGUUCCAGUCCAUCCCCAUCAACCAGUAUGUGGACAUGGUCCUCUGCCGCGGCUACCCGCUUCCCCCGGAUGUGGACCUGGACAGCGACGACCCUCUGCCGCUUCCCCCUCUGCCGCCAUCCAACCAGCCCCAGCAGGCUUUGCAUGGAGGCGAGGUGGUGACCGCCGUGCCGCUCAUCAACGGACAGCCGCUGCUCGUCAAGGGCGACGUCCUCCACGGCUCCUCGCAGGAGCUCCACUACGUCACCACGGACUCCAGCGGCCGGCCGGUGGUCGCCACCUUGUCCAACGGGCGGCAGGGCGAGCUGGGGGAAUCGGCCGUCGGGAUGCUGCAACCUGAGCUGGUGAGCGUGCCGCUGAGCAAGGGCCCCGGAGGCUUCGGCUUCGCCAUCGCCGACUGUCCGCUGGGCCAGAAGGUGAAGAUGAUCCUUGACGCCCAGUGGUGCCGCGGCCUUCAGAAGGGAGACGUCAUCAAGGAGAUCAACAGGCAGAACGUGCAGACGCUGAGCCACGCCCAGGUGGUGGACAUUCUCAAAGACUUCCCCGUGGGGAGCGAGGUCCACGUGCUGGUGCUGCGUGGAGGUCAAACAUCUCCUGUGAAGAGUCUCAAGCCUAGACAGGAAAUGACGGCCAGCACAGAGACCUUGGACUCUCUCGGCGAUGCCGCCCCCCCGGCGUUGGCCUACCACUCCAACACGAGCACCCUGCGCGCCGCCGCCGCAAACUCCCCCAAGCGCGACGCCGCGGAGUUGUACCUGAAAUCCAAAGCCCUGCUGGACAGCAGACAGCCCUACACCAAAGACAUUGAUGUUUUUCUCAAAAGAGACAUCGAUACGGGGUUCGGCUUCCGUGUUCUAGGCGGAGAAGGUCCACAACAGCCAAAUGUCUUCCCCCAGGUCUACAUCGGGGCCAUCGUGCCCAACGGAGCGGCGGAGAAAGACGGCCGCCUGCGGGCCGGCGACGAGCUUAUCGGCAUUGAUGGCGUGAUAGUGAAAGGUCGCUCGCACAAGCAAGUGCUGGACCUGAUGACGAACGCCGCCCGCAACGGCCAAGUGAUGUUGACCGUGCGCAGGAAGGUCAUCUACAGAGACACGACGGAGGAGGAGGGGGCUCUUGAAAUGGCUUCCACGCUGGUGAACGGUUCCCCUAAGCUACCGCGGCCCCUGCCCAUGCCGAGCGCUCUGGACCACGAGUCUUUCGACAUCACGCUCCACCGCAAGGAUACCGAGGGCUUUGGCUUCGUCAUCCUCACGUCCAAGAGCAGACCCCCCCACGGAGUUAUCCCUCACAAAAUCGGCCGCAUCAUCGAAGGCAGCCCGACCGACCGCUGCGGGCUGCUGCACGUCGGCGACCGCAUCUCCGCGGUCAACGGGCGCUCCAUCCUGGAACUGUCACACAACGACAUCGUGCAGCUCAUCAAAGACGCUGGCAACGUGGUUACGCUGACCGUGGUGCCCGAGGACGAGUACAAGGGGCCUCCAUCUGGAGCCAGUUCUGCUCGACAGAGUCCAGCUCUUCAGCACCGAGCCAUCGGACAGCGCUCUGCACUACAGGACGAACACUACAACCUCGACUUGGUAGACAAGCGGGACAGAGCCUCCUGGUCGGAACAUAAAACCAUACCAGUGGAACAGGGGGCGCUGUGUGUAACAGGACCCAACCAGGGCUGUCUGACCGUGGAGCUGGACAGAGGGCCCCGAGGCUUCGGCUUUAGCCUCCGAGGGGGCACCGAGUACAACAUGGGGCUGUACAUCCUGAGGCUGGCUGAGGACGGGCCCGCACAGCUGGACGGACGGAUCCAUGUCGGGGACGAGAUUGUGGAGAUCAACGGGGAACCGGCUCGCGGCAUUUCCCACACACGCGCCAUCGAGCUGAUUCAGGCGGGAGGAAGCAAAGUGGCACUGCUGCUCCGACCUGGGGCGGGUUUGACUCAAGAUGGUGGUCAAAAAUACAUUUCACCCUCAAGCUACACCAGGGAAGUGUUUUUUUCGGACACGUCACCCCUGUCCUUUCCAUAUCACACCGGGGCGCCAACCCUCGUGUCCCCUCCUCACCCCGGCAGUCUGAAACACUCCCGCAGCUGGAGCGCCACAUCCCCGAGAGCCCUGCGGCGCCACAGCAAUAUGGUUUUGAACUCAUUGGAGGAGCGUGACGAGUGGCGGGGAGACAAGGAGGCGGAGACGGCCGUGAGGUCGACCAGCAUGAAAAAGGGCGGAGAGUUGACCGGCCCAAAGAAUGUUGUGGAAACUUCACCUGAAGCCAAAGACGGGCCUAGCAGCCCCAGGAAGACGGAGAGCCGGGCGCAGGUAGCAGCACGGAACCAGAACAUAAUGAUUAGAACGCGGUCUGCGAGCAUGGGGGCUAGCACCCUCGACCAAAGACACAAGGACUCCAGAAGCAGUGAGAACUUGCAUCAUGUCAACAACCUAAAGUCCAACUUUGAGACUGGAGGAAAGCCAAAGCCAAGACCGAGACACGAGUCCAAAAGUCUUAAAGAAAGAUCUCUUCAUGGUCCCAAGUCGGACUUUGAGACCGAAGGAGAGCCAAAACCCAGACCGAGACAUGAGUCCAAAAGUCUUAAAGAAAGAUCUCUUUAUGGUCCUAAGUUGGACUUUGAAACUGGUGGAGAGCCAAAACCCAGACCAAGACACGUGUCCAAAAGUCUUAAAGAAAGAUCUCUUCAUGGUCCCAAGUCCGACUUUGAGACCGGAGGAGAGCCAAGGCCUAGACCGAGACACGAAUCCAAAAGUCUUAAAGAAAAACAUUUUCAUGGUCCCAAGUCCGACUUUGAGACCGGAGGAGAGCCUAGGCCCAGACCCAGACACCAGUCCAAAAGUCUUAAAGAAAGAUCCCUUCAUGCUCCCAGAGAGCAUGGUUCUAGUCGAGACUCGAGCCACAUCAAAGACCUGAGUGCGGAGGACAGGAAGAGACCUAAAGAGACUUCCGUCAAAGAGUCACCUAGCGAGCCAAAAGGUAGAAACUCCAAACAUCAAACAAGCAAGGCAGACCUUGUGGUGUCCGUUAGCAGGUCUCCCAGAAGCCCUCAGAGCUCCAAGGGACCGAUCAGCCCCGGCGAAUGGAAGAUUCCCAGCCAAGUCAGAAUCCUGUCCCAGGCUGAAGUCCUCAUUGAUCCGUCUUGACGGAUUGAUUCUGUCCUUAGGAUUGUCAGUGCCACCUAUGUGGAUUGUUUAGAGCACUUCCAGUAAUAGUGCUACCAGGUGCCGCUUUUCUAAGCUGCGGUCCUCAUCCUCCGGCAGCACCGGUGGCGUGUAGCAGACUCGGAGCUGGGACGUCUACUCAUGUGAAUUUGUGCCAACACCACCAAGAGCAGCACCUCGCCCGUGACCACACAUCCAUCCGUUAUGCAAGGCGAGGAGGAAAGGUCAUUGGGCUUCUUUUUUCUUUUUUUUUUUAACUCUCGUUUCCUGAGCUGCUUUGCUCGGCUGCAUGCAGUCCACCCUCGGUUCUUACCGCACGUCUCACACAACACCCGAAUCCUCAUCCUCGUCCACAAGCCGAGCGACUCUGAGACUGUUCUUAACUCUCUUCCAUACGCGCUGCAUCCUUCGAAUGACCAGAAACUUGUGCUUUUUCAGAUCUCGUAUGACAAAACCGAACAAAGGAAACCGUAGACGGAGGAGAAAAAUGUUCGAAAUGUGUGUUUGGUAGAUUAUUUCUCUGUGGACAAUGUUGGACAACACUGGUCUUGUGUGUCCGUAGCUUUCAGGCUAAUGAGUCGUUCCUUGUUUGUCACGGUCAAUUAAGACUAAAUCGAAUCAUUUUAUAGUUAGACCAUAAAAAACAACCUUCUAUAUAUGUUUUAUUAACAUUAUUAGAGCAAUCUAAACAGGAAAAAAUUCUCAUAUAGUCAAUAUACCGUAUUUUCCGGACUAGAGAGUGCAUUGGUGUAUAAGCCGCACCCACCGCAGAUAAGCCGUUGUGAAAUUAGUUACUUACACAGAAAUAUUCUGUGAUCGAUAUUUUGAUAGUUCAAACCCCAGCUGAGUCAUACCAAAAAGUUCAAACCCCGGCAGAGUCAUACCAAAGACGAUAAAAAUGGGACCCAUCUGCCCUGCACUCAGCAUCAAGAGUUGGAAUUGGGGGUUGAAUCACCAAAAAUUAUUCCCGGGCGCGGCCACCGCUGCUGCUCACUGCUCCCCUCACCUCCCAGGGGGUGAUCAAGGGUGAUGGGUCAAAUGCAGAGAAAAAUUUCGCAACACCUAGUGUGUGUGUGACAAUCAUUGGUACCUGUACUUUAACUUUAACUUUAAAUGUGUAUUUACAUACCUUAAUUGUGUCUGUAGCACGGCAGUAAAACGGCUGAUCAAACAGAAUAGAAUUCAUCGUCAUGGACCCACAGCUAAACAGACUCGAUAAUUCCACAGUGACGUUUUGGUGAAUUUACUGAGGAAUUUUUUGAAACUGACACGAUACAAAAAGAAUGCCGUUGUAAGUCGAUAAUACUAACACGGACACUCGUAAAUGUGUUAGCAUAUUAGCUAAAGCUAACGACGCUAGCUUGAAUACAGUUCGAUAGCGCUUACAAAUAUGCACAAAAACAACCCAACAUACAUUUAGUAGGUAAGAAUUGUUUUAGCUGUAUUGUAAAACUUACAAACAUUGUUUGGAGUCACGAAUGAAGAAUCCAUAUAAGUAGAACGCUGUGGAUGGCGAGAAGACUGAACGUCACUGUACUUUCUCACUACCAAUAAAUGGAAGGACACUUCAGUGAGUGAAUUCGCUCAAAAGAUGGCGCCAUAACGUGGGAAUUUGUGAAAGUGGAACGAUACAAAAAGAAUGCUGUUGUAAGUCAAUAAAUACUAACAGACACUCGUAAACGUGUUAGCAUAUUAUCUAAUGCUAGCAACACCAGCUUGAUUACAUUUCAAUAGCACAUACAAAUAUGCACGAAAACAACCCGACAUACAUUUAGUAGGUAAGAAUUGUUUUAGUUAUACUGUAAAACUUACAGUAAAAGAGAGCCCAGAACAUUGUACGGCCACAAGAGUCAGAAUCCACCAAACACACCUGUUAUGGUCUCUGUGACGCUGUAGAUACACGUACAGUAGCCAGUCCAGGUUUUCAUAUCGCCGUUGUCCUCUGAGGGACCCCGCGUGGUCCCAGUGUGUCGUAGGAAACAGACCUUGUACAAAAUCUUUAUACUUCAUGACAUGUAGAUGUCACGUGCAAACAGUUGUAAGAAAUGCUUCAAAUGUCUCAUAGUCAAUUAUGAUAGAGAUUGGAAUAUAUAAUUAGGUAAAUAUAUGUAAAUAAAUUGAUGAGUUAUUCAUGUAUAGAUAUAUAUGUGUAUAUAUAUGUAUGUAUAUAUAUCUAUGGAUACAUAUGUUUAUAUAUAUAUGUAUACAUAUGUUUAUAUAUGUAUGUAUACAUAUGUUUAUAU